CGCACUGGGCAUGCCCAGAAGCAGGCACGCGCCCUCCCGCUCCUGUCGGCCCCGAGCGCGCCCGCCUCUGCCCGGGCCGGCGGCCCUGCGCGCCGCCAUGGAGCGCAUAGAGGGGGCGGCCGUGGGCCGCUGCGCAGCCUCACCCUACCUACGGCCGCUCACGCUGCACUACCGCCAGAAUGGUAUGCAGAAGUCAUGGGACUUCAUGAAGACACAUGACAGUGUGACCGUUCUCAUGUUCAACGCCUCUCAGCGGAGCCUGGUGCUGGUGAAGCAGUUCCGGCCAGCUGUGUACAUGGAUGAGGUGGAGCGCCACUUUCCAGGGUCCCUGGCAGCUGUGGACCAGGACAGGCCCCGAGAGCUGCCAGCCGCCCUGCCCGGCUCAGCGGGGGUGACGUACGAGCUGUGCGCUGGCCUGGUGGACCAACCCGGGCUCUCACUGGAGGAGGUGGCCUGCAAGGAGGCCUGGGAGGAGUGUGGCUACCAGUUGGCCCCCUCUGACCUGCGGCGCGUCGCCACAUACAAGUCUGGUGUGGGACUGAUGGGCUCCAACCAGACCAUGUUCUACGCAGAGGUGACCAAUGCCCAGCGAGGCGGUGCAGGCGGGGGCCUGGCAGAGGAGGGCGAGCUCAUUGAGGUCGUGCACCUGCCCCUGGGUGAUGCCCAGGCCUUCGCAGGUGACCCAGAUAUCCCCAAGACCCUUGGCGUCAUCUUCGGCAUCUCGUGGUUCUUCAGCUGUGUGGCUCCUGACCUGGGUCCCCACUGAGACUCCAGGGGGUCUGGACAGAGGCCCGUCCUGGCCACCCACCCUGUGACCCAAUAAAGGCUUGUGGAGCUCUA